UGUGUCAAGAUUACGAGAGGAGGGAGAGCGUGAAGAGCAAGUGGGGCAGGGCGGCUCCCUCCGUGCUGGGUGAGUGACCUCUACCUCCGCCCUUCUAGCCGUCGGCUCUGGGACCUGCACCCUCUGUCCCCGGAGGGAGCACACAACCGCAGGUAAAUAUCAAGACUUAGUGGUACAAGAAGGAAAUUUUGAGCAGCAGAGAAAAAUACUUUGCUGCUAGAGCCCCAUGGAAAUGUGUUGGUUUUGAGGAUGGAUUGGAGCACUACUUUGGUACUUUCAGAAGAGUGAGGACUGAUGCUGAGGGAGAAGUGUGGACAGAGUUCCAGGCUUGAAGCUGAUGGACAUUGCAUGGGCCAGAGGCAGGGAUGGUUGGCUAUGACCCCAAAGCAGAUGGCAGGAAUAUCUCCAAUUUCGAGGUGGCAGUGGCUGGGUCUGUGUCUGGACUUGUCACGCGGGCGCUGAUCAGCCCCUUGGAUGUCAUCAAGAUUCGUUUCCAGCUUCAGAUUGAGUGCCUGUCUUCCAGUGACCCCACUGCAAAGUACCAUGGGAUCCUACAGGCCGCAAGACAGAUGCUGCAAGAGGAGGGCCCAACAGCAUUCUGGAAGGGGCACAUCCCAGCCCAGCUUCUCUCCGUAGGCUAUGGAGCUGUCCAAUUUCUGUCGUUUGAAAUGCUGACCAAGCUGGUGCACAAAGCCAGCAUGCGCGACCCCCGCGACUUCUCCGUGCACUUUGCAUGCGGCGGCCUGUCUGCCUGCGUGGCCACCCUCACCGUGCAUCCUGUGGAUGUCCUGCGCACCCGCUUCGCAGCUCAGGGUGAGCCCAGGGUGUAUAAAACCCUGCGGGACGCUGUGACCACUAUGUACAGGACGGAAGGCCCCUUGGUCUUCUACAAAGGCUUGCACCCUACCUUGAUCGCCAUCUUCCCCUACGCUGGCUUCCAGUUCUCCUUCUACAACUCCUUGAAGCAUAUGUAUGAGUGGGUCAUACCAGGCGAAGGAAAGAAAAACGGGAACUUCAAAAACCUGCUUUGUGGCAGUGGAGCUGGAGUGAUCAGCAAGACCCUUACGUAUCCCCUGGACCUCUUCAAGAAGCGGCUGCAGGUCAGAGGGUUUGAGCAGGCCCGAGUCACCUUUGGCCAGGUUCGAAGCUAUAAGGGCCUCAUGGAUUGUGCCAAGCAGGUGCUGCGGGAGGAAGGUGCACAGGGCUUCUUCAAGGGCCUGUCCCCCAGCCUGCUGAAGGCUGCCCUGUCCACUGGCUUCGUGUUCUUCUGGUAUGAGUUCUUCUGUGACCUCUUCCACCACAUGAAGAAGGCAGACAGCUAGCCUUGAUGGCCACAAGGUGGCCUGAGGUUUCACUCGAGGCGACCUCUUGGAAGAAGUAAGACUUGAUCUACAAUCUUGUGUUGCACAGAGAGGUGCUGCCUGGUCCAUUCGUCCAAGCCAGCUGUCCUGAGCAUGGGAGCGGGGCUGCAGCCUUGAUCCCACCAGCUUGGAUGCCACUGGAAGGGCGGGGGGACUGCAGACUGGGUCUGUGGGAUCCCAGCCAUUCCAGUCACAAGGAGUUCAGAGUUUCUCCUCUGCCAGGCCCUUACUCUGCCAGCAGCUGCUGUCCCGCACUUUCUAGCCCUCUGCGCCAAGAGCUCUCCUGGCUCUGGGGGAGCUGCAGUUUGAGUGGGAGGGCGGGGACUCAGCCCUUGGCAGGGGUCUGGUCCCCACAUCUGGGCUCUGAUUCCCACCAACUUAUUUAAUAGACAUUAAAGCUAAAAGCACAUUCCUUACAUUAUUCCUCCAUCUUCGCUUCCAAGUCACAUCCCUCCUCACAAAGCACGAGGGAAGGAAUCUCAGCCUUUCUUAAAUUCCACUUUUCUGAGGAGUUGCAUCCCACAGGCAGCUUUGCUUCUAGUUCUGGGGAAGGAAUCUAAGCUGCAUGGGUCACUUUCUAACCCUCCAUGUCCAGACCUGCGUGUCUGUAGAUGUACCACUCAGGCUCUCCUGUGCCUAGGCAGGACUGG